CUGGGAAGAUGGCGUGGGAUCCACCCUUGCAGCAUCCUCUCUCCUGGGUGGGAUCUUCCUCCCUCUUCUUGUCCUGCUCGAGAGCUGCAGUGGCACAGUUGAUUGAGGCUACCACAGAACCCCCAAAAAAGAAGCCGGACCCUGUGACGUCGGAGACCGUGGUGAUCUGGGGGCUGCGUCUCUGGCAGGUGGUUGGUAUCUUUGCCAUCUUUGUCCUGGCAGUCAUUAUCACACUGUGCUGCAUCUUCAAGUGCCGCAUUCCCCGGACAAGGAAAGAAAUCGAAGCGCGGUACGCUCAGCGCCAGGCAGCCAAGACCUAUGCAGACAAACUGGAGACUGUGCCACCACUCAACGAGCUCACAGAGAUCCCUGGAGCUCAAGCUGCAGAAGAAAAAAAGGAAGAAGUUCCCACUGUGUCUGGAAAAGUGGACAAAGCUCAGAGUAAGAAAGAAGGCUCCAAGAAGAAGGAUGGUGAAAAGGACCAGAAAGAAGGAUCCAAGAAAGAAGGGAAGGAUGGGGCCAAAAAGAAAGAAGGAGAAAAGGGAGAAAAGGGAGAUAAAGGAGAUAAAGGAGAUAAAGGAGAUAAAGGAGGAAAAGAUGCUACUGACAAGAAACAAAGUGGUGGGAAGAAAGGUGAAAAAGAGGGUGAUGCAGCAAAAUCAGGAGGAGGCACCAAAUCUAAUGGCAAAGCUGGUGGGAAUGCCAAAGCCCCAGCAAAGAAGAAGUGA